GAGUCAGUGUUAUAAUAGAAUUACUGCAAGUUGGCAAUAGCGGUUGUUAUCCAAAAUCGCAAGUCAACUGAAUCUGUAUUUGUGUCUGUACUUGGAAUUAUAAAAUUAUUAUUGUACUUCAGAACACAUUCAGGAUGAAUAUAACUUCAGCUGGUGGGAUUCUUGCCUUGCUGGAUGAAAAUCAAGAAGCUGUGCAUGAUUUUGCAUUGAAGAAACUAGAUAGUAUAGUUGAUGUAUUUUGGCCAGAAAUUUCUGAAGCGAUUCAAAAAAUUGAAGUUCUGUACGAGAAUGAAGUUUUCAGUAGUCGGAAGCUUGCAGCUUUGGUUGCGUCUAAGGUUUAUUAUCAUCUGGGUUCUUUUGAAGACUCUGUUACCUAUGCAUUAGGAGCUGGAGAUCUUUUUGAUGUGAACCAAUCUUCUGAAUAUGUUGAAACUAUAAUUGCUAAGUGCAUUGAUCUUUAUACAAAGCUAAGAAUCCACAAUGCUGAAAGUGCAGAACAAAAAACUAUUGAUCCUCGUCUGGAAGCUAUAGUGAAUCGCAUGUUUCAAAGGUGCUUUCAACAUGGACAAUACAAUCAAGCAGUUGGUAUUGCUCUUGAAACUCGUAGGCUGGAUAUUUUUGAAUCUGCCAUUAUGCAGUCGGAUGACGUUGUUGAAAUGCUGUCCUACAGUUUCAAGGUUACUAUGUCCCUCAUACAAAAUAGAAUGUACAGAAACCAAGUUUUACAAACUUUAGUGAAUCUUUAUAAAAAUCUUGAAACUCCAGAUUAUGUUAAUAUGUGUCAGUGCUUGAUAUUUAUUGAUGAUGCACAAGCUGUUGCAGAUGUAUUAGACAAGCUAUGUACAGGAACUGAGGAACAGUCACUGAUGGCUUUUCAGAUAGCUUUUGAUUUGUAUGAAAGUGCUACUCAGCAAUUUCUUUCAAGAGUUUUACAAGCCCUGAAAGCUACAGCACCCAUUCCAGCUAAUUUAAUAUCUAUCUUAAGCAAGCCUGAAGAAAAACCUGAAGGUGAAACUAUGGAGACAGAUGGAGAAGAGGCAAAGGAAACUCCGCCACCUGCACCAGCUCCAAAACUUGAAGAUUUAACUGAAGAUCAAAAGAAACAUCAAGAAAGAAUAGAAAAGCUUGCUACCAUUCUUGGUGGAGAAGUAUCCAUCGCCUUGAACCUGCAAUUUCUUAUCAGGAACAAUCAUACCGACAUGCUUGUUUUGAAACAAACCAAAGAAGCUGUAAGGAACUCUGUUUGCCACACAGCUACUGUGAUUGCAAAUUCAUUUAUGCAUUGUGGUACAACCAGUGAUCAGUUUCUCAGGGACAAUUUAGAAUGGUUGGCCCGAGCAACCAAUUGGGCAAAAUUCAGUGCAACCGCUAGUUUAGGUGUGAUUCACAAGGGCCAUGAGAAUGAAGCAUUGCAUUUAAUGUCAUCAUACCUCCCUAAAGAUUCAGGGUCAUCUGCUGGAUACACUGAAGGAGGUGGAUUAUAUGCUUUAGGACUUAUUCAUGCUAAUCAUGGUGCAGCCAUUAUUGAUUAUUUGUUGAAUCAACUGAAAGAAGCCACAAAUGAAGUUGUGAGGCAUGGUGGAUGUCUUGGCUUGGGACUUGCAGCUAUGGGUACUCAUAGACAAGAUGUUUAUGAACAGUUAAAGUUUAAUUUGUAUCAAGAUGAUGCUGUCACUGGUGAAGCGGCUGGUGUUGCUAUGGGUCUUGUGAUGUUGGGCUCUAAAUCUGCAACCGCUAUUGAAGAUAUGGUUGCAUAUGCUCAAGAAACUCAGCAUGAAAAAAUUCUCCGAGGCUUAGCUCUAGGUAUUUCUUUAACUAUGUAUGGUCGUCUAGAAGAAGCAGACACAUUGAUAGAGAGCUUAUGUCGAGAUAAGGAUCCUUUAUUAAGAAGAUCUGGAAUGCAUACAGUAGCAAUGGCAUAUUGUGGAACUGGAAACAAUAAAGCUAUUCGCAAACUUCUGCAUGUUGCUGUUAGUGAUGUUAAUGACGAUGUUAGACGAGCUGCUGUAGAAGCACUAGGAUUUAUUUUAUUUAGAACACCAGAACAAUGCCCAAGUGUUGUUUCUCUUCUUUCAGAAAGUUAUAAUCCUCAUGUACGAUAUGGAGCAGCAUUAGCUUUAGGAAUCUCUUGUGCGGGAACUGGUAAUAAGGAAGCUAUUUCAUUACUAGAACCAAUGACAAAUGACCCUGUAAAUUAUGUAAGGCAAGGUGCUUUGAUUUCCUCUGCUUUGAUACUUAUUCAACAAACGGAGCAAACAUGCCCUAAGGUUAAAGAUUUCCGUCAGUUAUAUGCUAAAGUUAUAAGUGAUAAACAUGAUGACGUAAUGGCUAAAUUUGGAGCUAUUUUGGCUCAAGGCAUUAUUGAUGCAGGUGGUAGAAAUGUUACUAUCUCUCUGCAGUCUAGAACUGGUCAUACAAAUAUGGCUGCUGUUGUGGGCAUGCUAGUAUUUGCUCAAUUUUGGUAUUGGUUCUCUUUGUCGCAUUUUCUGUCUUUGGCUUUCACACCAACUGCUAUUAUAGGACUUAAUGCAGAUUUGAAGAUGCCCAAAAUGGAAUUUCGCUCUAAUGCGAAGCCAUCUAUGUAUGCAUACCCACCUCCUCUUGAAGAGAAGAAGGAAAAAGAAAGGGAGAAAGUCACAACUGCUGUUCUGUCCAUCACGGCUAAAGCACGCAAGAAAGAGGUCGAAAAGAAGGAGAGAGAAGAAAAAAUGGAUGUCGAUGAUGACAAAAAAGAUGAAGGUACUUCAAAAGAUACAAAAGACAGUAUCAAAGAAGCAGCUAAAGACUCAAAAGAAACACAGAAGGAAAAGGAAAAGAAAGAAGAAACAGAUAAAGAAGGUGAAGAAAAGAAAGAAGAUAAAAAAGAGGCUGAGCCUAAUUUUGAAAUUUUGUCAAAUCCUGCCAGAGUGAUGAGACAACAGUUAAAGGUUCUCCAGAUUCAAGAAGGAUCUAGAUACACACCUUUAAAAGAAGUAUUAAUUGGUGGAAUCAUUAUGAUGAAGGAUAACAAAAGUGAUGAUCCUGAAGAAUUAGUUGAGCCUGUUGCUGCUGGCGGCCCGAAGGUUGAAGAUGAAGAUGAACCAGAGCCUCCAGAAGAUUUUCAGUAUCUUGAUGAUUGAUUUUGUUAGUUACAUAGAGACUAUUUAUCAUCUGAAAUUAAUACAUUUUUUAAAGGAAUGCAUUAAACUUAUUCUUCAUCACA